CAAAAUUCCAAAAAUCAUAACCUGCCAAUCUUUCCAUUCAUCUGUUGGUCAGACUUCAGCGGAAGCAAAAUUCAAUCUUUAUUCUUUCAAUCCUGUCAAAGCUGGUGAUCCCCGUGCAGAAACCGAGGCCGCUCCUCGCCGUUUCGGGUCUCGAGACGCAAUCUGGCGGCUCCGCGCCUCGCCGCCGUUGAUGCUUGAGGUGGUGCGAUUCGAUUCCGUUCUCUUCUGAUAUCUCUCGUUGCCCGUGAUUCUCCCUCUUCCGAUUUGCGGUUUCAUGCUUCUGGGAGUUCGUGCGGGACUUGUGAUUUCUGCUCCGAUUACGUUUGAUUCAGUGCAAAUGGAAUUUUUACUUUCAAAUUUGGUGAAUCCUGCUUUGGAUUGGGGAUUGAAGGUUUUGGAUGCUCCCACUGUUCGAGCUGUGAUUUUUGGAACGUCUAUAGGCGGUCAUAUAUUUGUGGAUGUUCUGCUGCUGCUGGUGAUCAUCUACCUACUUUCUCAGAAGAGUUAUAAGCCCCCGAAGAGGCCUUUGACAGAGAACGAAAUAGAUGAGCUAUGUGAUGAAUGGGUUCCAGAAUCCCUUAUUCCUCCAAUAGCAGAAGAGAUGACUUACCAAGCCCCUGUUUUAGAGAGUGCUGCAGGACCACAUGCUAUCAUCAAUGGCAAGGAAGUCGUCAAUUUUGCUUCUGCAAAUUAUCUUGGAUUGAUUGGACAUGAGAAGUUACUUGAGUCAUGUACAUCAGCACUGGAAAAAUAUGGUGUUGGUUCUUGCGGUCCUCGUGGGUUCUAUGGGACUAUUGAUGUCCACCUCGAUUGUGAGGCCAGACUAGCAAAAUUUCUGGGCACUCAUGAUUCAAUCCUUUAUUCUUUUGGCCUUUCUACCAUGUUCAGUGCAAUUCCAGCAUUUUGUAAGAAGGGGGACAUUGUAGUUGUAGAUGAGGGAGUCCACUGGGCUAUACAGAAUGGCUUGCAGCUCUCUAAAGGCACCAUUGUAAAUUUCAAGCACAAUGAUAUGAAUUCUCUUCAAAAUACGCUGGAAAGAAUUACAUUUGAGAAUAAACGGGCUAAGAAGUUGCGUCGGUACAUUGUGGUUGAAGCUAUAUACCAGAAUUCUGGUCAAAUAGCUCCCUUAGAUGAGAUAGUAAGACUGAAGGAGAAAUAUCGUUUCCGCGUAUUAUUGGAUGAGAGCAACUCUUUUGGUGUGCUUGGACGUUCUGGAAGAGGUCUCACGGAGUACUGUGGUGUCCCUGUCGAGAAGAUAGAUAUCAUAACUGCCGCUAUGGGACAUGCCUUAGCAACGGAGGGUGGAUUCUGCACUGGAAGUGCUAGAGUCAUUGAUCACCAACGAUUGAGCAGUUCAGGAUAUGUAUUCUCUGCUUCUUUGCCUCCAUAUCUUGCAAGCGCUGCAAUUACUGCUAUAGAUGUCCUGGAGGAAAACCCUGGCCUUUUGACAAAACUGACGGCUAAUGUCGCUCUGCUGUUGAAAGAACUAUCGGGCAUACUGGGUCUCCUAAUAGCAAGCAGUCCAGAAUCACCUGUUGUUUUCCUUAGAUUAGAAAGGUCGACAGGUUCUAUGAAGGAUGACCAACACCUCCUUGAAGAUAUUGCUGCUCGUGUAUUGAACGAAGAUUCUUUGCUUGUGGUGGUGUCAAAAAGAUCAACACUUGACAAGUGUCGUCUGCCAGUCGGGAUAAGAUUGUUUGUUUCGGCUGCCCAUACAGAGUCCGAUCUGAUGAAAGCUGCUGAUUCGUUGAAGAGGGCUGCAUCACUGGUUCUGAAGGGUUGUUAAUUUAAUAGUCGACCGAGAUUUCUUGGAUAUUCGUUUGAUGUCAGGUCUAGUUUUCAGUUUUGACGUUGUAUUUAAACUAGGCAUUGACUAACAGUUGGAUGGAUAGUACCACUUCUGGUUGUUAGAUUAUACAAAGAAUUCCUUCUGCGCCUUUCUUUUGGAAGUUUUCCCUCCUUUUGUAUCGGUAGCUCUCAACUCUUGUAUUACUGAUUCUCUUGCCGAGGAACAUUUUUCCUAAUUUAGACAGUUUGUGG